UGUGGGAGCCCUGAUGUACAGGAAGACAGGACUUCAGUGAGUAACAUUUCCCGCACUCAGGACAGGAAAGUGGCUUCUCCCCCAUGUGAGAUCUCUGAUGUCUGCAAAAGACUGGAUUUUACUGAAAAACAUUUCCCACUUUCAGGACAGGAAUACGGCUUCUCACCUGGCAGGAAUAUGGCUUCUCCCCCGUGUGCAAUCUCUGAUGUGAUGAAAGACUGGACUUCACUGAAAAACAUUUCCCGCACUCAGAACAAGAAUACGGCUUCUCCCCUGUGUGAAACCUCCUAUGUAUGUCUAGAUGCGACUUGACUGAAAAACAUUUCCGGCACUCAGAACACGAAUAUGGCUUUUCCCCCGUGUGAAACCUCCUAUGUAUGUCUAGAUGCGACUUGACUGAAAAACAUUUCCCACACUCAAGACAGGAAUAUGGCUUCUCACCUGUGUGGAGCCUCUGAUGUAUUUGAAGAUUAGACUUUCGUGAAAACAAUUUUCCGCAGUCAGAGCAGGAAUAUCGCUUCUCCCCUGUGUGAAUUCUUUUAUGCACAUUAAAAUUGGAUUUAGAACGGAAACCCUUCCCGCACUCAGUACAGGAGAAGUUCUUCCCUGUUGGA